GGGAUUCUGCUGGGCGGAGUGGAAGGACGUGAUUGGGCAGCAAUCUGUGACGCAGGGGACAUGAAAAAGCUGAUAACUAGUUAAGAAGGCAGUUUGUAACUCUGGAAAAAGAGUGCAGAGCUUGAGAGACACGUUAAAGGAGAAGGACGUGAAGGAAAGGGGGGUAAAAAGAGAAGAAAACAGGAGAAAGGAGAAAAAAAAAGCUGUUAGAAAGUGCAGCCAAAGUAACUGGAGGACAAUGGUGCAGCACACGGACACCAGCGAGACGGAUGGGAGCAUGUCCAGAGAGGCCACCGACUCGGAGGAGAGUGAAUUUAUGGCGUGCAGCCCCGUGGCCAUCAACCCGGACUGGUGCAAGACGGCCACCGGCCACAUCAAGAGACCCAUGAACGCGUUUAUGGUCUGGUCCAAGAUCGAGAGGAGAAAGAUCAUGGAGCAGUCUCCGGACAUGCACAACGCGGAGAUUUCCAAGCGCCUGGGGAAGCGGUGGAAGAUGCUGAAGGACAGCGAGAAGAUCCCGUUCAUCCGGGAGGCUGAGCGGCUGCGGCUGAAACACAUGGCCGACUACCCCGACUACAAGUACAGACCCAAGAAAAAACCAAAGCUGGACCCGUCCAAGUCGUCCGCGCCGUCUCCGGAGAAGUGCGCCAAGCUGGCCAAGGCCCCCGGCAAGAAGUGCUCCAAGAUCAAGACGAAGAGCGGCUCCAAGACGUCGCACGGCUACGCGGAGGACUGCGUGUUUCCCGGCUUCAAAGUCGCCAAGGCUGUGAAAAGUGAGCUGACGGACGAGGAGGACGACGACGACUACGAGGACGAGUACCGGAUGGGCUUUAAAGGCGGGGAGGAGGAGCGCCUGAGGCCGUACGGCGUGGCCAAAGUUCCCGCGAGCCCAACUUUGAGCUCGUCGGCCGAGUCCGAGGGGGCGAGCAUGUACGAGGAGGUGCGGAGCCACAACAGACUGUUUUACAACCUCAAACACAUGUCGAAGCAGGGCGCGCUGCACGCCGCUGCAGUCUCACCAGCAUCCUCCAGGUCGGUGUCCACGUCCUCCUCCUCCUCUUCCUCCUCCUCCUCCAGCAGCAGCAGCUCCUCAUCUGGGGAGGACGCGGACGAUUUGCUGUUUGACUUUAGUUUGAAUUUCGCUCCGAGCGCUCCGGGCACGGAGCUGGGCAACGCGAAUUCAGGAAACCUCUCCCUGUCGCUUGUGGAUAAGGACCUGGACUCUUUCAGCGAGGGCAGCCUGGGCUCCCACUUUGAAUUCCCAGACUACUGCACGCCAGAACUCAGCGAGAUGAUCGCCGGGGACUGGCUGGAGGCGAACUUUUCCGACUUGGUCUUCACGUACUGAAAUAAAAAAAAGUAAAUAAAUGAAAGUAAGAGAAGCCGUUUUUCCUCUUGUAAUGACAGAGAAGGAAGGAAGGGAGUUGUGAAAUUAUACAUGUCCCGGUCAAAUUGCCCCCCCUGUAGUCCUGCCUCUUGUGGGUUUUCUGUCGGGUCCUGGAUGAUGAAGAUGAGGAGGAGGAGGACCAUGAGUCGAGGUGAGGUUUGAGGAGAUGCUUAUGAAGCUGGUAGCAGAAAAAAGUGAAGUCUGCAGACAUUUUUUUUUUAAAAAUCUGACAGCAUGACAGGGUUUUAUGGAUUCCCUCCUCAUAGGUCUGCAUUUACUGUUCCACUUUCAGACCACAAAGGGAAAAAUAAGAACUUCUAUGCAUCUUAUCCUCUUAAAAAAAAAMAAAAACUAAAACAACAACAAAAAAUAAACCUGCAGGGAGCUGAACUCAGACUGUGGACUGUCUCGAAUAAAAAGAAAAAUAAAUUAAAAAAAAAAUCUGUGAACUGACAAUUGUUCAGGAUGCUACUUUACAACUGUUUAUGUAAUUUUUUAAAUGCCUCAAAAAUGUUUCUUUUUUCUUUUCUUCUUAUUGUUUUUAUUUCUUUUGUAACUGAUUCCGUUUACCUCCUGGUUUGGGG